AUGAAAAAAGAAAAAGCAAUCGACACUCCAAUUGCUACAACCGCAAAGUUAGAUUUAGAAGGAACGGGUACAAUUGUGGAGCAGAAAUUGUAUAGGACAAUGAUUGAAUCUCUUUUAUAUCUUACUACUAGUAGGCCUGAUAUAGUAUUUAGCAUGGGGUUAUGUUCACGAUUUCAACCUAAUCCUAAAGAAUCUCACUUAAAGGUUGUCAAACGAAUACGCCGAUACUUAAAAGGCACCCCUGAUAUUGGAUUGUGGUUUCCCAAAGCAAGCAAUUUUGACCUUGUAAGAUAUGCUCAUGCUGACUAUGUAGGCUACCUGGUGGAUAAAAAGACCACGAAUGGUAUGACUCACUUCUUAGGAUCCUGUCUCAUCUCAUGGGGAACAAAUACGCAAUACUCUAUGGCCCUAUCUACUGCAAAAGUUGAAUACGUUGUUGCUGCCUCAUGA